AUGCAACCCUUUUCGAACGAUUACGGUGGAGGGUACGGUGGCAAUGAGUACGACCAGCAACAACAGCAAGACAUUCCGAUGCGUCCGCAAGGCGUCGCUAGGCCGAUGGUCGACCCGGAGGCGGCGGGCGAAGUAGACCCUACGUUGUACCCGCAGGCGAAGGAGUCGACACACAAGAUCCGUGGCAAGUCCGAUAUCCUAGAGAUGCUGUUCGGGUCUGUCGACCAGGAGCUACUGCCGGUGAAGACGUUCUACUUUUUCUUCUACUCUGCUUUUGGAUCGCUGUUCCCACUGAUGGGGGUGUACUUCAAGCAAAUGGGCAUGAACCCGGGCCAAUGCGGGUUACUGAUUGGUACGAGACCUUUCGUCGAGUUCCUUUCGGCUCCGUUUUGGGGAAGUUAUGCUGACCGUUGUAAAAAGGGCAAGAUGCUAUUGCUGGCUUCGCUCGCCGCCUGGAUCAUCUUUACGCUGCCACUGGGCUUCAUUCAACCACCGGCCACGAGCUGCAUCGAGCGGAAGAAUGCGACCGAUUUUGAGCUGCGUACACCUCAGGUACCGCGUAUUCUCAAACGCUCCAUCGACGAGAGCAUGCUAGAGGAGCUCAGCUUCGGCAAGUACACUCCUGACCGGGAUCACUCCUUCACCAGAGUGGAACGUGCGGCCAGACCGAUUGCAGCUGCCGGAGUGUCUCCUCUGGAUGUAAGCUACGCUAACAACUUCAACGAAAAGCUGCAUCGCGACUGGGUUUCUCCGUUGUUCUCCUCGAUCGUGUACCGUACAGCAGACAUUCAAAAGGCGUUCUUCUUGCUGUUGCUGCUCGUCAUCAUUGGGGAGUUCUUCAGUGCCCCGGCCAUCACGCUUGCGGACUCGGCUGUUAUCACGAUCCUUGGUGAAGAUGCCGAUCGGUACGGCCAUCAGCGUAUGUUCGGUUCGUUAGGCUGGGGUUUGGCGAUGUUCUUUGUCGGCAUUGCACUCGAUCAUUCGACAGCAUUUCCCGAUCAUCCGUGUGGUCCGGAAAAGCAGGAGAAGAACUACACCAUCUGCUUCGCGACGUUCUCCGUGUUGAUGGGUGCGGCCCUGAUUUCAGCAACACAAAUUCAGUUCAAAUAUGACUACUCGGAGCCCCAAGAGCCCGUUCAGGUGGAAAAGGUCCCUCAGGAACCAACCCGCGAAGAACAGAUGCAAGCUCAACUUGCCCAACAACUGCAACUGCCCUCACUGGCCGCGUCUGGUACAGGAAUGGCCAGUGCCGCACCACCGCCAGCGGCUCUUGGUGCGCAGACCAAAAUGUUCGCACAAACCACCCGCGAAAUGCCCGAAUGGGUGACGGUCCUAAAGCAAUUUAAGAAUCUCAAGUGCGCAUCGUUCCUGUUCGUCGCCUGGUUCAUGGGCUUCGGUAUCGGACUCAUCUUCACGUUCCUAUUCUGGCAUCUACAAGACUACGGGGGCUCACCGACGCUGUUCGGUGUCGCGUCGGUCAUCAAUCACAUCUCGGAAAUCUUCGCGUACUUCUUCAGCUUUCGUCUAAUCACACAGAUUGGUCACGUCAAGGUACUCUGUCUGGGAUUGGUCGGUAACAUUCUGCGGUUCUUGUACAUCUCUUACCUCAAGAACCCAUGGUGGGUCUUACCGUUCGAGUUCAUGCAAGGAAUCACUCACGCCGCUGUAUGGGCCGCCUGCUGUUCGUACAUUGCACACAACACUCCACAACAUCUUCGAUCAUCUGCGCAAGGCGUUCUGCAAGGUCUUCACCAUGGCUUGGGAAGAGGUUGCGGUGCCGUCAUUGGCGGCAUGUUCGUCACCUACUUCGGCACAACGGCCACCUUCAGAGGAUAUGGUGUCAUAUGCAUUCUGGUACUCGCUGCGUUCGUGUUCAUCAACUUCUACCGUAAAGAUGAGGGCUUCAUCUCCGAAAUUCCCACCACAGAAGAUCCUCAUCAGGUGGCAGAAGAGACCGCUCACUUAGCCCCGCAUGGUGUUCCGAGCAAUCCUAUACCGCGAGCUCUCUCCAGCACUCGACUGAACGAGAUCGGCCAGCAGAACGUCGACAAUGGGUAUGGAACGUAUCAAACGACAGGAGGAGCCCUAGACGUUCCAGGAGGAGCUCCGAAAAAUCCGUUCGGUGCCCCACAGGGCAACGUGUACGGAGGCAACCAGUACUAGAAAUCGAAACCAACCACUAACAACCCCAUGACAAUGGUACGAAAACUUUAAUAGCACGAAGCGCUGAACAUGUCGACUGAAUCUAACGGAUUGACACACGUGGAACGUUGACGAGAGUGAAGCAGCAAACGCAGAUCGAUGUCUACAGGAACAGCACUCUGGAUGUGAAUGUUACAAAAUAUGAACUCUCUUUUAAGUACUGAGCGACAAAAGUUUCUAAACUGUGUACAUGAGCUCAAGCAUAGCCAUUCAGCCAUUCCGGCCCACGAGCCGUCGAGGAAGGACGACGGCUUCUUCGAUGUGAACCAUUAACGCGUAUCGUUAUCGGGUGGCGAGGACGCGCGAGCCACAGCCUUGCUCGUGGUUGUUAGCAGCUUAGGUAUUCUUAAGUAAAGAGACGCAUCUCUACCAGCAUCACUCGUUCAAUGAUCCCACCACGGAUAGACCACCUUCGCCUGUUGUCGGUAUUUAGUCAGCGAUUAGGCUUCCGCUGCACGUGGUUGACUUCUCGAUCACCACGAACGAUCAGCAAGCACCAGUGCGCCCUUUUUCCUGUGAGGCUAUACUUACUUACUCUAUCGUUGCUAGUGCUAGUAACUGCGUUCAGAUACGCCCCCAGAAACUAUCCCCUCAGCCUGCUAUCGUCUUUCUCUUCGUUGUUGUUUUCUCGAUUGUCUACGCUCCGUCUAGAGUGGAGACAUUCGAUUGUUAUUAAGUAGCGCGCUCGAGCGACAUAGAUGGUGCAUUAUUCUAUACUCUAUCUAUUACCGCACAUCUCAACGGGUUAGCUGGUUAUUCGCCCGUUAGACGGCGAACCUGUUAAAUCAUACUUUAAGUAAAGAGGGCAAGUAUUACCUAGAUAAAAAAGCGAAUCUAGAUCUGGUUAACAGAAUCGUGAACGGGAAGCUCCCCGCAAGCAUAUAUCUAAAACCCCACAUUCAAAAGGCGCCCGCGUCAAGGAAGAAAUGGAUACGUUCUAGGAAAAUUCCUCUCGCAAACUGUUCUACAAUUCUAACCUAGCGUAGCCUAGUUCAAGUCCUGGAGAGCUAGCCGAUUCAGAUGAACGAGACAAAGUAACAUGAUAGGUAUAGAUAUUAAUGAAUGUGGUUGCAUGACUCUCCUUCUCUCCGUUGCUUGUCAGUUGGUGUGUUUAUAAGUGUGCUAACAGUAACGAAACUUUAUCGUGUGUUAUUCGUAACAAACGUGGAAAUUCGUCGGAAAAUGACUAAACAAUCGGAAGGACUACCAAAUGAAAUGGAAGGCAAAAAAGGCAAAUUGAUACCCUUUUGAUUCAAAUCAUACGCAUCUACUCGACAUAAGGAAGAUACCCACUUUACUAAUAUGUUGACCAAUUGUGCAAUUUCGAUUAUUCUGUUACUAAAUAGACAUCGCGCGUACACACUACACAUACGUAUAUACAUACGCACACCAUAUAAAACGAAUCCUAAUGAAUCGAAACUUGAACCGAAAACCAUACCAUGGCACAACGAAUUUUACUAUUAUUUGCAAAUAUCCGUUGCAAGAAAUGGCCAGAAAGAUGAGCGUGUUUAGAAUUACGAACGUUAAGCAUACAAUCAUGAGGAGCCAGCGAUGCCUCGUUUCAUUUCGCUCCAGCAUUCCUUUGCCACGAGGUGCCACGAGGCGCUUUAGUACAACGUUUGCUGGAUUAAGUUCUUUAUGGUGUUCGCGUUUCUUCUAGUAAUGUCGCGCUUACCAGCAACUAGACAAGGUACAUACAAUCUGAUAUAGUAUAAAUGACAGUGGCUAUUUACGGCACACGUAAACAUCACACGCAAAAGCUUUAUUAUCUCUAGCGAGACAUCAGUGCGCAUAUCAGUUUUCAACCUUAUACUUGAAUGAUGUUUUUAUUGAGCGGAGUAUAUUUAAAUCAUCGGCGUAUUGGAUCGUUGAAGGGUGCACUCAAGCACUAAUGGUUUUUGAUCGAAAUCAGUCGGGUGCCUGGUGAGGCGGGGUACGAUAGGGGCACAGAUUCCGAUCACAUCUUACAGAGGGUAUUUACUAAGUAUAGCAAAAUAUAUACAUAUAUACACACAAAACCUAUAAACUAUUGAUGCACUAAAGAUCGAGAGCAGGAUCAGCUACAGUCAGGCGGCACACCUUCUAUUGUACUCUAUUCCGUUAAUCGCCGCUUGGUUUGCCACGGCACUUCAUGUAUUCUAUCUACAAAAGUAUUAGAACGGAAAAGAUAUUGUUAGUUUCACGAGAGAAGUUACGCAGUUAUCUUCAAUCCUGUCGGUAUUGUUUUGUCUGCUUCCAGAGGGUCAUCUUUGAAUCCCAGGUACUAUCAAGUAUUUCCCUAUUCUGCUGAUUAUUAUCCUUAACGUAUCCUCCUACAUGUUUUCACAAACUAGCGUGAGUCGAAAACCUGAACAUACCAGUAAAUCAGAAUAAUAACAUAGAGAAUAUUCGCACUGAUAUAUUACAAUCAAGCAGACAGGAGUAUAACCGUUCGAAACAUACAAGCCCAUGAUCGAUGUACAGCACCAACUAUCGAGAACUACGUGAAAGAACAACCCACACGACGCAAGACGCACUCACCCACAAGUAUUGUAAGAAAUGCACCGCUAAGAACUUACGCUGUAAAGAUAUCUCUAACUGCAUAUGCAAUCUCACCAUCAUGGGCAAAUAAAGACAAACGUUAAGAACGU